AUGUUUCGCCCUCCCUCCGCCCCGAGCAAUCCCCCCGCCGCCGUCGCCCAGAGGCCCCCUGCCUAUCUGAGCCAGAGGGGCCUCCGCAUCCUCUCUCCGUCCUACGAGGGUUCCGUUCUGGGGAGUUUCCCGCGGCCGCAGGCCUCCGGUGGCCCCUUAUCUCGUGCCGGCAUCUCUCCCCCCUCGCUACCGCAACAGUCUUCGUUUCGGGUGGCGGCAGGCGCUCAGCCGCCUAACCCGAAGAAGGAGGAUAAGCUGGUCACGGAAGGUUUGAUCACAGAAUUGCUCCCCAACUGCAUGUUCCGUGUGCGCCUGGACAACGGCGAGAUCAUCCUGGGCUACGUUUCGGGGAAGAUGCGAACCAAGAUGGUGAGGGUGCUGGUCGGAGAUAAGGUCAGAAUCGAGGUCAGUCGCUACGACUCCACCAGGGGCCGCAUAGUCUACCGGCUCCGCAGCAAGAGCUCCACAGAUUAG